AUGGUUUCCAACGCAGACAAGGCAUUCCUUGCUAUAACUCUAGCGGUAUCUAUCACAGAAAAAGAGAAAAGAAAGAGGCGAUGGUGUAAGGAAUGGUAUAAAAUGAGAUAUCGAUUCACGCAUGAACAUUUGCAAAGAACUCUUCAAGCAACUGAGCCCGACGAUUAUAAAAAUUUUCUACGAAUGGACAACGAUUAUUUUGAAACAUUGUUGGAGUUGAUUCGACCCAAUAUUGAAAAGCAAGAUACCAAUAUGCGACAAGCUAUUCCUGCCAGCCAAAGGCUCUCUAUAACUCUAAGGUACUUGGUCACUGGUAUGGACUUGGAAGAUUUAAAGUUUAUGUGUGCUGUCGCUCCUCGUACUUUGGAUUUAAUAAUACAGGAGACGUGUGAGGCUAUAAUUCAAAAGUUAAAAAGAAUAUAUCCGGGUCCUGCUGUGAUGUGUUUUUGCUUUUCUUUGAUUGUACCGAGAACGAUCGAGGACUGGAAAAAAGUAGCCAAAGAUUUCGAGAGACGAUGGAACUUUCCCAACUGUAUAGGUGCUGUUGAUGGCAAGCACAUCGAAAUAGAAAAACCUUCAAAUUCGGGAUCUUACUAUUUUAACUAUAAAAAGACAUUUAGUAUUGUUCUCAUGGCUAUUGUAAACGCCAAUUAUCAAUUUAUGAUGGUUGAUGUUGGUGCAAAUGGGCGGAUGUCAGAUGGUGGAACUUUAAAAAAUACAAAGUUUUGGCAAUUGUUUUCUGAAAGUGAAAACAAACUUAAUAUUCCGGAGCCAUGUGAGUUACUAGAAAGCGAUAAAAAGUUUCCGUUUGUACUGGUAGGUGACGAAGCUUUCCAACUGACUCCAAACUUCAUGAAGCCAUACAACAAAGCCGUCUUGACAGACGAAAGACGGAUUUUCAACUAUAGAUUGUCAAGAGCCAGGAGGGUGGUUGAAAAUGCUUUUGGCAUCCUGUCUUGGCGCUUCAAAAUAUUUAUAAAAGACAUUGGACUGCAUCCCGAUAAAACGCGAAAAGUUGUUUUGGCUGCCUGUCACUUACACAACUAUCUGUGUGAAAAAAAUAAAAACAAAUAUAUUCAACCAGGAGAUAUUGACAUUGAAGAACCAAAUACCACAGUCACAAAAGGUGCGUGGAGACAAGGACGGCAAUUGUUAACUUGGCUCACUUGGCUCUGGGACACAAACAUUUAUUUUGGUAUUUCAGUUUAA